AUGGCGGCACCGCCGCCGCCUCCGGCCGGGCCGGGCCCGGGGCCUCCCUCAGCGCCCGCGGGGCCGGGGCCCGCGGCGGGGCCGGGAGCGGGGCCGGGGCCGCCCCCCGGGGCUGCGCAGGGCCCCGCGCUUCCCGCGCAGGCGGCGGCGGCGCAGGCGCAGGACUUCGAUCCCGUGCAGCGCUUCCGGCUGCUGCUGCCGCAGCUGAAGGAGAGCCUGCAGACCCUGAUGAAAGUGGCGGCUCAGAACCUGGUGCAGAAUUCCAGCAUCGACAACGGGCAGAAGAGCGCUGACGGGGCCCUGCAGCGCUUCGACAAGAGCCUGGAGGAGUUCUACGCCCUGUGCGACCAGCUGGAGCUGUGCCUGCGCCUGGCCCACGAGUGCCUCUCGCAGAGCUUCGACAGCGCCAAGCACGCCCCGGCGCUGGUGCCGGCGGCGCCCAAGGGCGAGGGGGGCGCGGGGGGCGCCGAGAGCCUGCCCUACACGCAGUACCUGCCCCUGAUCAAGGCGCAGAUCGCCGGCGCCAAGGACAUCCACAACGCCCUGCUCGAGGGCACCAACAAGAUCACGGGCAAGCUGCCCCCGCCGGGGGGGCCCUGACGGCCUGGGGGGGGGCGCGGGGAGGGGGUCUCAGGGGGGUUUGGGGGGGAUCCGAUGGGGGUUUGGGGGAGACCUGACGGCGUUUGGGGGGAUCUGAGAGGGCUUGGGGGGCAUGUGAUGGGAUUUUGGGGGUUCUGAUAGGAUUUUGGGGGAUCCUGAUGGAGUUUGGGGGGUUCUGAUGGGAUUUGGGGCGAUCCUGAUGGAGUUUGGGGGGUUCUGAUGGGAUUUUGGGGGGUUCUGAUGGAGUUUGGGGGGUUCUGAUGGGAUUUUGGGGGGUUCUGAUGGGAUUUGGGGGGAUCCUGAUGGAGUUUGGGGGAUCCUGAUGGGAUUUGGGGGAUCCUGAUGGAGUUUGGGGGGUUCUGAUGGGAUUUGGGGCGAUCCUGAUGGAGUUUGGGGGGUUCUGAUGGGAUUUUGGGGGGUUCUGAUGGAGUCUGGGGGCUUCUGAUGGAGUUUGGGGGGUUCUGAUGGGAUUUUGGGGGAUCCUGAUGGGAUUUGGGGGAUCGAGACCCCCGGGACCCCCGAGCGGCGCUGGGGGUGGGGGUUGGGCUGGUUUUGGGGCCCGCCCCCCCCCGUGCCGGGUUUUUGGGGCGCUCUGGGGGGUUUGGGGAACCCCCCCCCCUCCCCGAGCGAGGGGCAUCCUGGGGGAGGGGAGCGUGGGGUGCCGCGUUUUGGGGGAAAACGUUGGAUUUUUGGUAAAUAAACCCGUGUUUUGUGACA